GAGGAGCGAGAGGAAGUGGGCGGCUCCCCCCCUCCGCCAGCGCACUGUGGCACGAGCCCGAGCUGAGAGAGAGGGAGGGCUGGGAAAAGCUUCGCGCCUGCGCAGAGGCUCGAAGCAGAAAGACCGGGAGGCGUCGGCUGCAGCGCAGGAGGAGGAAGAAAGAGCGAGAAAGAAAAUGGCGUCGACGGAUUACAGUACCUACAGCCAAGCAGCGGCCCAGCAGGGCUACACUGCAUAUGCCACUCAGCCAGCUCAAGGAUAUGCGCAGACCACCCAGGCCUAUGGGCAACAAAGCUAUGGAACUUAUGGGCAGCCCACCGAUGCCAGCUAUACCCAGGCUCAGACAACGGCCACUUAUGGGCAAACUGCGUAUGCAAGUUCUUAUGCGCAGCCUCCAACUGGCUAUACCACACCAGCUGCUCCCCAGGCUUACAGCCAGCCUGUCCAAGGAUAUGGCACUGCUGCUUAUGACACAACCACAGCCACAGUUACCACCACCCAGGCUUCUUAUGCUGCCCCAUCUGCUUAUGGCACCCAGCCUGCUUACCCCACCUAUGGGCAGCAGGCAGCAACAACUGCACCUGCAAGACCUCAGGAUGGCACCAAGGCUGCAGAGACUAGCCAGCCUCAAUCAAGUACAACAGGCUACAGCCAGCCUAGUCUAGGAUAUGGACAGAGUAACUACAGCUAUCAGGUUCCUGGCAGUUACCCUAUGCAGCCAGUUACUGCACCUCCAUCCUAUCCUCCCACCAGUUAUUCUUCUUCACAGCCCAGCAGUUAUGAUCAGAGCACUUACUCUCAGCAGAGCAGCUAUGGUCAGCAGGGCAGCUAUGGACAGCAGAGUACCUAUGGGCAGCAAAGCAGCUAUGGGCAGCAGCCCCCCACUAGCUACCCACCUCCAACUGGAUCCUAUAGCCAAGCCCCGAGCCAGUAUAGCCAGCAGAGCAGCAGCUAUGGGCAACCAAGUUCAUUCCGUCAAGACCACCCUAGCAGCAUGGGUGUGUAUGGCCAGGACUCAGGAGGCUUUUCAGGAGAAAACCGGAGCAUGAGUGGCCCCGAUAACCGGGGCAGGGGAAGAGGGGGAUAUGAUCGUGGAGGCGUGAGCAGAGGUGGGCGGGGAGGAGGAGGCCGCGGCGGAAUGGGCAGCGCUGGAGAGCGAGGUGGCUUCAAUAAGCCUGGUGGACACAUGGAUGAAGGGCCAGACCUUGAUUUAGGCCCACCUAUAGACCUAGAUGAUGACGCUGACAACAGUUCAGUGUAUGUACAGGGGUUGACUGACAGUGUGACCCUAGAGGAGCUGACAGAUUUCUUCAAACAGUGUGGCGUUGUCAAGAUGAACAAAAGAACCGGGCAGCCCAUGAUAACAAUCUACCUUGACAAGGACACCGGGAAGGCAAAGGGAGAUGCUACUGUGUGUUAUGAUGACCCACCAACUGCCAAAACAGCUGUAGAAUGGCUGGAUGGCAAAGAGUUCCAGGGAAGCAAGCUCAAAGUCUCUCUCGCUCGGAAGAAGCUGCCCCUGAACAGCAUGCGCGGAGGGAUGCCCCCACGUGAGCCACGUGGCAUGCCUCCACCUCUCCGUGGAGGCCCAGGAGGCCCUGGGGGGCCAGGCGGUCCCGGUGGUCCAAUGGGACGUAUGGGAGGCCGAGGCGGUGACAGGGGAGGCGGCUUUGGCCCUAGAGGACCAAGAGGAUCUAGAGGAAACCCUUCUGGUGGAGGAAAUGUCCAGCACAGAGCAGGAGACUGGCAGUGCCCCAACCCGGGAUGUGGAAACCAGAAUUUUGCCUGGAGAACAGAGUGCAACCAGUGCAAGGCUCCUAAACCGGAAGGCUUCCUCCCCCCGCCUUUCCCCCCUCCAGGUCCUGGAUUCUUGCUUGGAAAGCCGCUGCCACUUAGAGGGCUCAUAUACGGGACAAAUAGUGGUGGUGACCGUGGCAGGGGCGGCCCUGGUGGCAUGAGAGGUCGAGGCGGCCUCAUGGAUCGUGGUGGCCCUGGAGGGAUGUUCCGAGGCGGCCGGGGUGGAGACAGAGGCGGAUUCAGAGGAGGCCGGGGCAUGGAUCGAGGUGGCUUUGGAGGGAGCCGGCGAGGAGGGCCCGGGGGCCCACCUGGACCUCUGAUGGAGCAAAUGGGAGGCAGAGGCGGCAGGCGUGGAGGACCAGGAAAAAUGGACAAGGGAGAACAUCGUCAAGACCGCAGAGACCGCCCCUACUAGUGGCAACUGACCCCCUUCCCCCUGCAGGACUGCAUUUACUACCAGAUUUAUUUUUUAAACCAGAAAAUGUUUUAAAUUUAUAAUUCCAUAUUUAUAAUGUUGACCACAACAUUAUGAUGAUUCCUUGUCUGUACUUAGUAUUUUUCACCAUUUGUGGAGAAACAUUAAAACAAAGUUAAAUGGUAGUGUGCCGAGUUAUUCCUUUUUUUCCUUUUUUUUUCUUUUCCUUUUUAAAAAUGGUUGUUUAAAAACCCAUAAGGAAAAACCAUUGUUGUGAGCAUGCUCAGUAAAUCUGUGUGGAAGACCCAGGAGGAAGGAAACUUAAGACUGUAACACUGUUAAUGGUUGUGAUGUUUUUUAAAUAAACUUCCAAAUGUUUAUAAAUGCAA